AUGUCUUCGCGCGGUCUUCCCGACGUCUUGAUGCAAAAGGUCGACGAUUAUGUCGAUUCGCUGGCGCCCCAGAUCCAGCCCCGCAUCGCCUCCGAACUUGAAGUCUUCCAACAAAAGACUAUCGACAGCCUGGAAACCCAGGUCGUAGACGCUUUUCGUUCGUUGUUCGGUAAAGACAGGCCGUCUUCGUCGGAUGGCAGCCGAUCGGGCCCUUGGAAUCUCAAUGACGCAGCACCCGACGCCUAUGGUGGACAGUCAUUGCCUUUUGCGGAUGAAAUCGCCAAGUUGACGCGUAGCUUCGGUCAGAUUUCUGAUGAAGCGGGCGGGGAUUUGCGCGAUAUAUUCGAUCUUACGGAGGGGAACCGAGGAGGCCCAGAGCAGUCUCGAUCUGUAGACGGGGAUUUCUCGUCUGGAGCUCGAGGUUUCCUUUCAUCGGCUCUGAAUGUCGUGCAAGAUCAUUUCGACGAAAGAGGGUCAAAGGGUGGUCAGUCCUUUGAGAUUGGGGGUCUUCUCGGUAUGAUCAGUAGCACAAUCAAGGACGCAUCUCAGAACCCCGAGGAGAAGGCGAGACUUAUCAGCCCAGAGAUUAAGCAGACAGUUGGUGACAAGUUACGUCAACAGCACGCGCCUCUCGCUGAGCAGUUCACCCGCAUAGCUCUGGAACACAUCAAGCGCUGGCUUCGUGGAAACACAAGCACGCGCGACUUGGGUGAUGGUGCGAAAGCCGAAAUUGCCGAACAGGUGGGCGACCUGGUAAAGGGCCUUGGAAAUUUGUUCGGGAGCAAAAAGAGCAGCAAUGAGGAGACUUCGAGAGGCUUUGAUGACUCUAGUCGUGAUGGCGAGAGCAGUAGUGGUGGAGGCUUCUCCCGCGUCAUCAGUGACAAGCUCAGCACUGGUCUCGCCAAAGUCCACCGAGAAGUUCGCUUGGAGUUCCGCAAGAUCCUCGGAGCAAUCGAGAAACAACUAUUCGAAUUGUUACCUGAUCAAUUCCAACGUCCACUCGAGAAGAUACUAGGAGGAAAUCCUUUCGAUUCACAGCUCGACCGCGACGCGUCCGGUCCAGCAGAUCGCGGGUUUGGAGAUGACAUCAAGUCCAAAUUGCUCUCCAAGAUCCGUGCUUUGGUACAAAAGGUACAAGAGACACUUCGAGAAAGCAUACUGGGUGUAGUCAAUGGUGGUCAUCGCAAGUUUGAGCGUCAGAGCUGGGUCUUCGUGCAGGGCAUGGUAGAACAGAAAGUACAAAGGUACCUGCCAGACGUCAAGAUCAACGUCCCAGACGAUAUCGGAAACGAGAACAUCAUCAGGCGUCACAAUACCCACCGCCUCAAGACUAUCGACCCGAGCAUCACGGGCCACGUCAUGAAGGCUAUGCUCCUCAGCAAUAUCAACCACCUCAACAUCACCGCCCUGAAUCAUAUCCAUCUCAGGACUACCGAUCUGAGCACCAUGCCCCACCUACACAGGGUUACCAUCAAGGACCUCCAGACUAUCGUUCGGAGCAGUACCCACCAUCCCAACAAGGCUACCCUCAACAAGAGUAUUCUCAGCGUGACUACCGCGGUGACGGGUAUCGAAGGCAGGACUAUUAAAAGAGUCGCGUAG